GGCCAAGGUUGAGGUUGUUUCAUCUGAUACUGUGCUGUAAAUCCUUCUAUCAGUAACACUCCCUGAUAUCUGAGCUGACUAUGUCACAUAUGUCCUUGGCAAGUAUGAGAUCAGUUAUCUCCUCACACACACACACUGAAAUGUGACGGCCAUGUCACCAUCUGUUACUCAUGCAGAGAAAACGCCGGUGGGAGGCGCUGCAGCCACGGGCCUCAUCUGAUGAGACUGAUGCAACCUGCUGCAAGAGCUCCAGCUCCAGUGUGACACCUCAUGAUCUCCCUGGUGAUACACAAUGACUUCUGCUGAAUAAAAUAAGUUCCAGUGUAGUAUUUCAAAACUAACACGAGUCAGGAUGCUUCAUCCUGUGGCUAAAACCAGCUGAGUACACAGAAAUGAUGUCUGUAGGAAUUUCACUGGGAUUUAAAGGGAUAGUUCCCCCAAAAAUGAAAAGUCACUCAUUAUCCACUCACCACUAUGGCGAUGGAGGGGUGGGUGAAAUGUUUGAGUCAACAAAACACUUUUAGAGUUUCAGGGCUAAACAGUGUUACAGACAAAUCCAAUACAAUUGAAGUAACUUCAGAUGUAAAAACACAACAUGGCUCCAUACUGCUCCUGCUGUGUCAUGUAAGUUUCGAUAAGCCCCAACAUUUGGAGUUGACCCAGAAACGGUGUCAUUUUCACCACGUUUUUAGUCUAAAAGACUGUUUGAAGAAUUUCCACCCCUCCAUUGCUAUAGUGGUGAGGAGUGAACUUUCAUUUUUGGGUGAACUAUCAGUUUAAAGCCGGAUAUAUCUGUCAGCUGAUUAUACCCCUUUGUGUGUGUGUGUGUGUGUGUGUGUGUAAAAGUAUCACUUAUUAAGAUUUCUCUAUUCAUCCCAUGAAAUUUGAAUUUUCGUCACUUUUUACAGAAACAAAGUUCAAGUUUCUCAACAAAUCGAGAAAAGCAAAACAAAAACCUGUUUAUUGCACUUCUACUUCAGUAUUGCAAAAGUCAUAUGGCAGCAGGAAAUGAAAUGAAAUGACGCAACAGCAGCGUUUUCUGUGCAGCCUCCAGAGAAACUCCACAAACUCUUGUCUCCCUCUACUGGAGAGUUUUCACAUCUGCAUGUGUCACCACACUGACAGGAUUGAAAUGAAAGUGAAUCAUCUCUGUAUUUAGUAAUACAUAACUUUUUGAUGCAGGUGGAGGUGAUUGUGUCCUUUAUAAAUAAAUAAAUAAACCCAUUUUAUUUUACAUGUUUUUCACCAGAUUACACCAAACGUCACUGUUAAAUGAGAACAAAUCGAUCUGUGAGCCACAGAUCAUGGGAUUUCAGGUCAUGAGAUUGAAUUGUCAGAUCUGAAGAGAGUCAAGUGAAUUCUAUUUCUGCACUGAAAACUGAAAACAGCAAUCCUCUCUGACCCAGUUAUUUUUGCAGACUGAGAUGAAAAUUUAUCUGAAGCCCCCCCACUAUGAAACCACAUUUAAAUCUGCUAGAGUUGGAGUUUUAUUUAGAUUCACAAACUCAUAGGUAUCAGUCUCCUAAAUAUGCCUGAUGUUCAUCAUCAUUCCCUUGAAACUAAAAAAAGACUGCCCUAUUUCUCUCGAUGUUAAAGAAAGUGAAAAACAUUUCUGAAUCUGCCACUUUGUCCAGUUUAAAGGCAGAAUUUAAUGGGUCAUUUCUUGGCCCAUGUCUCAUCCUUCCAUGAAGUUUCAUUUUUGUUUUCCUGUUGUUUUUCUGACAAACUCAAAGAAGAACAAAAGUGAAAAUAUAAUCUCCUUGGUGAAAGUAAAAACCUGACGGUGAAGCCUGUGUGUCAAAAUAACAGCAACUACAUGUGGGAGGCAGAGCAGUAUGUGAAGUUCACUUCUGAAAAGAAAACCUGCUUUUGGAGCCUGUUGCUGUGUCGCUGAUCAUCUGAGCAGAACACCUGAGGAGGAUGAAGGUGAUUGGAUCAGAUGUCUUUAAUGGAGAGCACAAAAAGCCUGAGCACAUGUUAGUGUGAAGUUUGAGAGGCCAACUGUGUGGAGCUCGACGAAAACUACGCGGGCGAAACCACCCGAGCGAGUCCACGCGGGCAUGAGAGCAACACCCGGAAACCAUGUUACGCUCCACCGGCUUCUUUCGAGGGAUCGACUGUCCGUUUUACACCGAGUCCGACGAGGGCAGCGGCGGCAGGAAUGGGUGUAACAGAGCCUACUGUCACUUCAGGCACAGCCAGCAGCGGCGGCCGUCCUACGGAGCUCCGCCGGCGGAUGUGAAGAAGCACAGGGAGCCGCUCUCCGCUCAGAAAGAACAAGGUUAUGAUCCCUUCAACCCAGAAGUGGUGAGGCCCCAGGAACAGCAGAACGGGAAAUCGGCUGAGUCAGGGGACUUCAGCGGUGCCCUGGAGCUGGUCAACAGGGCCAUUGAGGAGGUCCGCAGUGAGGUGGAGUGGGAGAAGAGGAAGCUCUCUCGGAUUGGGGAUGAACCAUACAAUCCCAGUGGGAGUACCAGUUCGUCUUCAUCUCGUGCCACAAAAAGUAAAGCUGCAUCUUCACACAUGGCCUAUGAUCCUGGGAGUUAUCAGAUCACAUCAGUGGGUUAUAAUCCCUCCCCCAGCUGCAGCAAGUACACCUUGGAUUCAGACAACCAGGGGAACAACAGUAACUCUAUGGAAUAUGUUCCUACUUCAUUGAAAAAGCCUCCAACUCGAACACAAACGCAUCAACUCCCUUCUCCCCCUCCCAGCCCAAAGUAUUCAACCAGCGCAGUCGCCUCAAAGUGUAAAUACACUGUGGACAAUUCAAAACCUUCUACAGACAUGGAGUACGACCCACUCUCCAACUACACAGCUGGAAUCGCAGUGAAAAGCAAGAGGGCUGAAGGUGCCAGGGCUGUUAAGACGCAUGGGAGCAAGACACACAAAUUACCUGUGCGGGAUUUAUCAGAUGAGGAGUACGUUGUAGCUGUGAAAAAAACACAGCAGCCAAGUGUAGACAUGUCGAAAUACACUUUUUCUGACUCUGAGGGUGAGAGCUCUGGAACAGAGUAUCGACCCACCUCUCUUAGAAAUCUCCAGCAGAGAAAAGGCAACAUGGGAACAGCUGGUGUCGCUUUUGCGAAGGAGAAAAAGGAGAGAACUGAAAGUGUAAUAAAUGCACUGACACAAAGGAAUAAAGAGGACUCUGCACAGGAUUCGGAUGUCCAGGAAGACAUUAAACGAAAGGGCAAUCCAGAGAAAAAGAAGCUGGUUAGUCGAAUUAGUCAUGAGAAAAGUGGCAAAUCUGAUCAAAUCCAUAAAUUAGAAAAAGAGGCAAAGAAAACAUCAAGUAGUAAGAGUGGUAGCAGCAGUCGUAACGACAAAGGUUCAAUAAAACACACAAACCAGGAGUCUGCAAAAAAAGAGAACAAGAGUCUUGGGAAGAAAGAUGAUAGAAAAAACACGGUAAAGGAUAAGACGAGUGAUAAAAUCCAGAGGGAGGGAAGGGACAAAAAGAGAAGUGAUGGUAAAAUCAAGGCUGUGGAAAAAAUUCAAACAGACUCAAGCAAACGGCACAUAGACACAGAAAAUGGUGCGAGGGAAAGAAAGAAACCCAAAAUAUUAGACAAGGAAAAGGAACUCAGCAAGAGUAAGGACCGGCAACAUAAAAAUGGUAAACUUGAUACGAGUAAAAGAGAAAAGGAUUUGAAGAAAAUGAACAAAAGCAGCUCUCAUGGUGGGAGCAGUAGCAGUCACAGUAAAGGAAGUUCUGCAAACAGCAAUAAGACGAAGCAAAGCAUCAGCUCAUCAAAUGGGAAAAGAACUGAGAGCAAGCGUCAGAGUCUGAGCCACGCAGAUCUGUUUGGAGACGAGAGUCCCGAAGAGGCCGAGCCGAUGGAGGUGGACGACGACGACGACGAUGAUGAUGAUGAUGAUGAUGUAGAGGAAGUUUUGGUGAGAAAGUCAGCUGAUGCUUUAAAGAGGACGUGUCUUAACAAGAGGAAAGCCUCGGAGCUGACUCCGUCUUCCUCUGACGAUGAGGGUGACGUGGAGGGAGGCAGCGCAGCUAGGGACGAAGUUGAUGAUCUGGAAAUCGACAUCUCCAGUUUCCGGGACGAUUUGGACUUUGACUCAGAUCCCAUGGAGGAGUGUUUGCGGAUCUUCAACGAAUCCAAGGAUGUAAAGAAGGAAGACAAGGGCAGGCAAACUAAACAGCCCUCUAGGGAUUCAGAGGAGGAGAAAUGCACAGAGGGCACUUUAACCACUCUCUUCCCCGGUCAAAAGAAGAGAGUCUCACAUUGUGUUGCCAAAGGAAGUACUGAAGCACCUAAGACUGCGGUACGACCGUACAAGAGACCCUCAGCCCAGGAGGCCUGCUACCAGCGUAUGCAGCUGGCACAGCAGCAAGCUGCUCAGCUCUCUGCUUCAGUCAAAGCUGCCUCACAGAGCUCCAGCUCCAGCUUCUCUGGAGAGAGGAAGAGGAUAGCGCACCGUCCCAGCCCACAGAUAACAUCCUCCAAAACAAGUCCUGCAGAUGCUAAACCAGCUGUCAGUCGAGUGUUAUCCCCCAGCCAGACUCAUCAGACUGUCAAGACUCAAACCACAGCCGGUAUAUUGUCCAAGACUAUGUCCACUGUGACGGCGAGGAGGGUGGCGCACACUCCCACCAUGAAGAGUACUUCGAUGAAGCGGCCCAUCAUCCCCACUGAUUUUGGGGCCAAAGUUCCUACCAAUGUCCGCCAGCGCUACCUCAACACUUUCAUAGAUGAAUGUGUCAAAUUCUGCCCAUCAGAGGACGCUGCCUUUCAGAUGGGCCUUGAUGAAGAGAAGCUGGUGUAUGAGCGCAGUAGCAGUAAGAACAUCUAUCUCAAUGUAGCUGUCAACACCUUGAAGAAGCUUCGCAGCAAGAGCAGCUCCUGUCCAUCACCUGUCACCAAGGACCCGGGGGUACUUCCUAACAGGAAGGCUCAGUCCCAUGAGGAAGUGCUCGGGGGUCGCUUGGCUGCUACAACCAGCUUCACUGUCAACAGGAUGGGUAAACAGCAGGAGGAGAAACUCACAGGAGUCACUCUUUACAGGAAACUGAAGGCGUACAUGAUGACAGAGGAGCAGCUGCAGGAGCACGGAUACCCAAGAAUUAACCCAGAGGCUCCUGGCAAGGCAGUCGUAUACAACGUCCCAGAGAAAAAGGCCGUCACAGAUCCCUUCAACAAGAUAUGCUGUCGAUGUGGAGCAGAAUAUAGGAUCAAUGUCAAUGGCAACUGUGUACGGAAAGAGGAAUGCAGUUUUCACUGGGGACGUCUACGGAGACACAAAGUUGCUGGAGGCUGGGAGACCAACUACAACUGCUGUGCUGCUGCGGUGGGCUCUCCAGGUUGCCAAGUGUCCAAGCAACAUGUUCAGGACGGGCGUAAAGAGUCGUUAGACGGCUACGUGUCAACGUUCAGUAAAUCUCCACCACCAGAUGGCAACGGAGGGGUGUUUGCUUUGGACUGUGAGAUGUGUUACACAAAACAAGGCCUGGAGCUCACAAGGGUGACGGUCAUUGACUCAGAGAUGAAAGUUAUCUACGACACCUUCGUCAAACCUGAAACCAAAGUGGUGGAUUACAACACACGAUUUUCAGGAGUGACGCAAGAGGACUUGGAGAGCGCCACCAUCACCCUGAGAGAUGUUCAGGCCGUGCUGCUCAGCAUGUUCAGCGCUGAAUCCAUUCUCAUCGGACACAGUCUGGAGAGCGACCUCUUCGCUCUGAAGCUGAUCCACAGCUCAGUGGUAGACACAGCCAUCGUGUUCCCUCACCGCCUCGGCUUACCCUACAAACGUGCCUUGAGAAACCUGAUGGCUGACCACCUCAAACGCAUCAUCCAGGACAACGUGGAGGGCCAUGACUCGAGCGAAGAUGCGUCCGCCUGCCUGGAGCUGAUGAUGUGGAAGAUCAAGGAGGACGCAAAGGUCAAAAGAUGACCUCUGACCCCUCUGCUCCACUUUCCGCAUCAUGACUUCCUGCGUUCGUUUGUUUGCAGGGAGGCAGAAGUUCAGGAGGCCUGAACCUGCUCUCAGAGAGUCUCAGAGAGGAGAGAUCAGAACAGAGGGAAGUUUUCAUCAGUAAAGUCUGAUUCCUUCUGUUUCUGAAAAGUAAACUCCAUCAAAGCAAUAGGAGGCGGAAUUGACAGUGUUUUCAUUUGUUUUGUAUUUCAGUUCUUAACGAUGUUAGUUUAAAAGUAUUUCUGUUAUUUGAGUGGUUUCUUUUAAGGCCUCGAACAGUCAAUGAAUAAAAACCUUUCUAUAGAAGAACUACUCAAACGUCAGGGCAUUGUCCGCUGACCGAUGACGAUAAAUAUGAUAUUCAUGCCGGGCUCGACCCUCAGCCGAAAUUGCACUAUAGAAAUGCUCUUGUUGUAUAGGGCCAAAGUCUUGAGUACCUCAUCUGUGUUAUACUGCAUUCACUUCUUAUGAAUAACACAUGACUUGUUCUUAGUUACACUUAAGUGCAUUGAUGUCUUAGUCUGUCAAGCAUUGCUGUGUAUACGCACUUUUCAAGAUGCACCUCGUUUGGCGUCGCUGAUGCUCUGUCCAUGCAGCGGUUCUUAUCAAGUUCAUUUUGUUAGUUGGCUCUCAAACCUGACUAAUCCUAUAAUACUUGAUCAUCAAAAAAAAAAAAAAUCCUCAGCAGACAUUGUAAAGUCUCUGCUGCUACCUGUUUGGUAAAGUUGAUGGACGAUAUCACUGUAUUUUAUAGAUCAGAUGAAAUACCGACUAAAUCGCCACCGUCUCUGUGUCAAACGUUGCAUGAGAUAAAAACUUUUCCUUCAUAAAGACAAAAAUAGGCUCAGUGUUGAAGAAUUAAACCUGGAUUAUGGAUCACUGACAGUUAUCAUUUAGUGUGAAUCAGCUGUUUUAUGUUGAAAAUGACAGAAAAUUUAACCAAGUGCUGUAAAUAUGCAUUUUCCUUUUGUAUUUUUGGUUGUUCAUCUUUUUCUAUUAAAAGUUA